AUGGAGAAGGCCGAAACAGAACUGACGAUCCUCCUCACCGACUCCGAAGAUGAAGUAAAAGCUAUUAAUCCCCUGAAGCAGCAGCAGCUGCUGCAGCCGCCGCCGCAGCAGCAACAACAACAACAGCAACAGCAACAGCAACAGGAGCAGCAGAAGGCGCUUCCCGACUGGCCUUCUGUACGCCGCAGUAGACGUUCAGUUCCUUUAAUUGAUUCAGAUGAUGAUGCAGACGGACUGCGUGGGGUCUCUUCUCCUGUUAAACGUUUCUCUGACCUAGCAGCAGCAACAACAGCAGCAACAGCAGCAACAGCAGCAGCAGCAGCACACACUGGUGUGGGCCCUUCUACACCUGGGAGACGUCGCUCAGCUCGUCUGGCGGCCCUCGGAACUCCAGGUGUAGGUUCACCUGCAGCAGAAACCCUUAAGACCCCCCAAAGAUAUGCAAGAAGUGCUGCUGCUGCGCCUGGGUUGUCUAAUUCCUCAGCAUGCCCUUCUGCUGCUGCUGCUGCUCCCCCUGGUGCUGCUGCUGCGGGAUAUAGCCCCUGCAGCAGUUUGAGUUCUUCGCGUCGCGUCCAAAGAAAAAGGCUGAGGCGGAGCGCCUUGAAGGACUCUGCAGCAGCAGAAUCUCCAGUAGCAGCAGCAACAGCAGCAGCAGAAUCUCCUGCAGCACCAGCCGUUGCACCUGCAACAGCGUCACCAGCUGAAGCAGCAGCAGCUGCUGCUCCUGCAGAGACAGACAAUUCCUUACCGAGGUCAAGACGACGCCGCCGACGACUGCGCGUGGACGGCAGCGGCAGCAGCAGCGAAGAUGGCAAUGCACCAGCAGCAGUAGCAGCAAACGACAGCAGCAGCAGCAGCAGCAACAACAGCAACAAUCGAGAACAGGAAGGAGAUAAGGAGAAGGCGGCUUUGAGCCCCUUAAGGGCUUCCUCUCAGCCUCCUGGUGCAGGUGCGGAUAGCAGCAGCAGCAACAACAACAGCAACAGCGGCAGCGCAACAACUGCAGCAGCAACAGGAGACCUCAGCAGAUCGUCCUCCCCAAUCCCUGUUCACCGUCGUCUGCGUAGAUCGCAGCAGCUGCUGGACGAAGUGGAGCAGCAGGAGCAGCAUAAAGACCAGCAACAGCAGCAGCAACAGCAGCAGCAGGAAACUGAUGCAGACUCCCGGCCCUCACAGAAGGUGGUGCAGCAUCGGCUGCAGAAGCUAGCAAAUACACUAAGAGAGAAGCAUCGCCGCUCUGGGGGCCUCCUUUCCUCUGAGGGGGCCCUAACUGAGGAUGAAGGCAGCAGCAGCAGCAGCAGCAGCAGCAGCAGCACAAGCAGCAGCAGCAGUAACAGCAGCAAAAGCAGCAAAAUCAACAAACGUCGAGAUUCAAAAACAACAGCAGGACACAGGAAGACUCUAAGAGGCGGAAAUGCAUCAAGGUUUUUCUCCUUUUCUCGAGAUCUACGAGAGGCGGCUUAUGACUCAGAGGAGAGCGCAGGCAGUUUUAUAGCAGACAGCCAAGAAGAAGAAUCAGAAGCAGCUAGUGGAUCUGAAGAGGCGCUUGAAUCAGACAGCAGCGAGUCAUCCGCUGAUGAAGCGCUCGAGGCUUUGCGCUUCCACCACCAGCUUAUGGAGAACGACGGGCGAGCAGCCCAUGUAGACCAAACAUUAAGCCUAAAGGAGUGUUUUGAAUUGUAUAUCUUUGGUCUUUCUCUUAGUUUAUUUAGUCCAAACUUAGCCAUUAAAAAAUUAUCUCUAGGGGAAUCCUUCCCUUCUUCUGAUGCGGAGAGGGUUGAGGGUCUGACGCUGGCAAAGCGCAACGCGAUGGAGACGCAUGCAUUCCCCCCUGAGCUGCGCGAAGCUCUAAAGAGUUACGCAGAGUGUCGCCUCUCUGAGGUCCCUGUGCUGCAGGGCGGGAUGGCGAGGUGUGUAGUCUGUAGAAGACCAGGCAGUCGCCAUUUCUGUUUGGAUCUACUGGGAGAGCAAUACGACUCAGGAGAAGGAGCCCCUCUUCUUCCUAACAAACAAAUGCCCAAAACCCUCGUCACUUCUUACGAACAAAGACAUGGCCAAGAAUUCCCCAUAGGUUCUAAGUGCGGGCAGCAGGCAGUUCGUUGGCACGGAGCUCAGCACUGGAAGGGGCAGCUGCUGUUGCAGUUGCAUGCGCUGCUGCGGCGUACAGCAGCAACAGCAGUAGCAGCAGCAACAGCAGCAACAGCAGCAGAAGCAGAAGAAGCAGCAACAGCAGCAGCACCAGAUGAGAGCAGUUUUGCUGCUGCAUUAAAGGAACAAAAUCCUGUAAGUCUUAUCCUAUAUAAUAAUAAAUAG